GGCUCCGCAGGUUUAUCGGCCUACCGCUAGGUAGCGGGAUAACCUUGAUUGGAAUUAAUGUUUAGAUUUGUAGAUUGUAGGAGUGCAGAUUCGUCGUGCUAUUCGCGUAUGUACAAACACAAUCAAACAUCCUGGAGAGGUCGGCAUGAAGUAACCAAUAAGCGAUUUGUCAGUCUAAUCGGUCCAACGCAUUGAGCUCUAUUAUAGUUAUAGAGCUCAAUGGUCUAACGUCAUUGCAUAACUCGCGUUGCUUUAUAAACCAAUUAUUUAAUGCGUUGCGUGCAAUGAUUUUGCACUUGGAGACAUUUUCCGAUCGAUGUCACGCGUGUGUGGUGACGCCGACCGAAAAUGCGGAUGAGCGUAAUAACACCGGCGAGUUCUGCGAAUUGUAUGUACGUCAGGACUAACCUAAGCAAAAAGUUCACCGUGUUAUACUGACUGAGAUAAAUAGAUUGUAUCGUAAAAAACUAUGAAACGAUGUUCGUCCCUACUUUAUCGAACUCUUUCUUCGAUACGUUUGACGCUGCCGCUACUGUGUACGACGAUGUCGAAUAAUUCACAAAUAGGUUAACUCACGGCAGCGUCCAUCGACGUUUACAAUCUGUCAUCUAGCUUCGACAUUUUCUCUAUCGCAAUUCAAUGUUAUUAAUAAAUAUAAAAUCGACGUUUUAGUGGAACACGUCCUUUGCCAUGUAUUUUAUAAUAAUUAGACCUUUCGAAACGUUCCUGUCAAUAAACGAUAUCGAAUUUUGUAAAUUUAAAGGUAACUAACCGUUGACGUUUUUAUACGAUAGUUUUUUUGACUUAAAAGAAAUUCAUUAAAUUGUAUGUGCUGCAAAUCGUGGAAAACUAAUGUGAAACAAAGGAUCUUCAAGAAUGAAAACAUUUCCGUUUUGGAGUAAUUUUCGAUUUGUGUAUUUAUAAAAUCUACGUAAUUCGUUAUAAUGCAUUUAUGAUUAAAUGCACGCAGUCUACAUGUAAAGAAGAAUGUUUCAAAUCAAUGUUUAUUGGAGUAUAACCUGAUUGCAUUAAAAAUGCAAGCCAAGAAACGCUAUUUAUUAUUAUUUGUCACGUGUGCGUUUCUUGGUUAUUGCUAUUUUGGUGGUUACCGGUUAAAAAGUGAAAAAUGGACAGGCAAAUCUCAGUUGCCUUAUGAGCGAUUGCCUUCAUAUUUAAGUCUAAAUGAAGAGUUAUAUGACAAGGAUUUAAGAACAUCAAAUGGAAACCUACUCAUGUCUCAUCGUACAAGGCAAUGCCGUAUGGAGACCUGCUUUGACUUUACCAGAUGCAAGCAAGGGUUCACUGUGUAUGUGUAUCCGGUCGAAGAUGUGAUAAGUCCGUUAUACCAAAAAAUAUUAAAUGUUAUUACAGAAUCAAGGUAUUAUACAUCAGAUCCAAGUCGUGCAUGUAUAUUUGUAUUAGCCCUUGAUACACUGGACAGAGAUCCAUUAUCGACAGAAUUUGUGCAUAAUCUUCCUUCAAAAUUGAUGCGUUUACCAUAUUGGAAUAAUGGCAGAAAUCACUUGAUAUUUAAUUUGUAUUCUGGAACAUGGCCUGAUUAUGCAGAAGAGGCAUUGGCCUUUGAUUUAGGAUAUGCCAUGCUCGCAAAAGCUAGCAUGUCUAUCUUUAGGCAUAGACCGGACUUUGAUAUUUCUAUACCAUUAUUUGGAAAACAACAUCCAGAACGUGGUGGUGAACCAGGCCAAGCUUUAGAGAAUAACUUUCCUAGCAAUAAAAAAUAUGUAGCAGCUUUCAAGGGUAAAAGAUACGUCCAUGGCAUAGGUUCUGAGACUAGAAAUGCUCUCUAUCAUUUACAUAACGGCAAAGACUUAGUAUUUGUUACAACUUGUCGCCAUGGUAAAGCAUGGAGGGAGUUACAAGAUGAACAUUGUCAACAAGAUAAUCAGGAAUAUGAUACGUAUGACUAUGAAAUUUUAUUAAUGAAUGCCACCUUUUGUCUUGUACCAAGAGGACGAAGACUCGGUAGUUUUCGAUUUUUAGAAGCUUUAAGAGCUGGAUGCAUUCCAGUUAUUUUAAGUAAUGGCUGGGCGCUUCCUUUUCACGAACGAAUUGAUUGGACACAAGCUGUUAUAUUUUCUGAUGAAAGACUGUUACUUCAAAUUUCAGAUAUAGUGCGGUCUGUGUCCAAUGUACAAAUUCUUAAAUUACGACAGCAGACGCAAUUCCUUUGGGAACGGUACUUUUCCUCGAUAGAAAAAAUCGUAUUUACAGUAUUCGAGAAUAUUCGUGAGCGUCUACCUUGGGAGGGUACGAGAGAGAAACUUGUUUGGAAUACUAAUCCAGGAGCGUUAGCAAUAUUACCGCAGUUCGCGGAUAGUCAGCAAGAACUUCCAUUUUCAAAAAGUAAUCCAGGUAAUACAUUCACUGCCAUCAUCUACUCGCAGUUGGGAUCCACUGCUGUCCUAUAUCGACUGCUUAAAAGUCUGGCGAAAAGUAAAUACCUAGAUAAGAUUAUACUAAUGUGGAACUCGGACAUUCCGUUACCAAGGAGACCACGAUGGCAAGGGAUCAAAGCGUCAAUACAUGUUGCUACGGUCGACGGUAUAUCCCAACGUUUCUACCCUCAUCCGUUAAUCAAAACUAGUGCCAUAUUAUCUCUAGACGAAGAUGCCACACUCAACACAGAUGAAAUUGAUUUCGCUUUCACCGUUUGGCGAUCGUUUCCUGAUCGAUUAGUUGGUUACCCAGCUAGAUCACACUACUGGGACGACUCUAAACGCUCAUGGGGCUACACAAGUAAAUGGACAAAUGACUAUAGUAUAAUUUUAACUGGUGCCGCUUUUUACCAUCGUUAUUAUAAUACGUUGUAUACCGAAUUAUUAAGUUCGACACUUCACAAGACUGUCGAGCAAUCGCAAAAUUGCGAGGACAUACUUAUGAAUUUUUUAGUAAGUCAUGUUACGCGAAGACCACCUAUUAAAGUAACUCAACGGAAAUUGUAUAAAGAUACUACAGUGGCUGGAAUCAGAUCCCCAUGGAACGAUCCGGAUCACUUUAUACAGCGGCAAACGUGCAUGAAUACGUUUGUUGCUGUUUUCGGGUACAUGCCAUUAUUACGAUCAAAUAUGAGGCUCGACCCUGUUUUGUUCAAAGACUCUGUAAGCAACUUGCGCAAGAAGUUUAGGCAAAUUGAAUUAGUUAGUAAUUAGAAUUAUACAGAAUAUUUCAUCAAUUACACAGUUAUCUUACCCUCGAAAUGGGCAUCCUAUACAUAUUAUAUAUAUACAUAAAUAUAUUUAUAUAUAGCCUCGAAUGUAUUUCGAG